AUGUAUCUUGAAUGCAGGAACUCUGAUAACCUUAACAGGUUCUGGACUACCUUGAAUCUCCCAUUCCACAAGUGGAGUUUGAGGCAUGUCUACAGGCCCCUUCUCCUGCAAGGGUUUCCUCAGUGGCAAGCUCAGGUCAUUGUCUACAUGAUGUCUGCAGCUCUAUGUGAGUAUGUCAUUGCCAUUCCACUGGAGAUGUUCCGUUUCUGGAUCUUUGCGACAGUUGUUCUACAGGCCAAAAUGACUUUGUUGCUGGGCCGUUUCUUCAGUGGUAACUAUGGGAACUGCUUGGUGUGGCUGUGCGUUCUCAUGGGCCCCCCAAUAGCAGUGCUGACCUAUUUGCACGAUUACUACAUGCUAAAUAGAGAAAGCAAUGCCUGGAGUUUAUAUUAACGGCCCGUUAACAUAUAAAGAGCAAAGCAACAUUUCCAGGG